GCUUUGACACUUGACAGUACUGACACUGAUGAAUUAGUAUAAAUAAUAAUAAAUUUGAUACUGAAUUGGACUCUGUUGGUUAAAUUUCUGAUUGCUGUGUUACGAAAAUUGAUUUAAAUUGUGGUUUAGUACUGGGAUUUACUAUUGAAAAGUACUACAAAAAAAUAAGUUUAAAUUGUUUCGUUUGCCGAAUUAAAAAAAAUGUGAACGGGGAGACUAUCCACUUGUUUUCCUGAUGCUUGUAUUUACUCAAUUGCUUUAGCUACACUGAACAAAUAUAUUUUCUACAAAAAUGAGUGUACCACCUCUGUUCCCAAGACUAAAACCAAAAUCCAUAGAUCCAUCGUGGUUUGAUGUUGAUCAACCUUGUGAUGAUGAAGAAGAAGUGUCCCAACUAGAAGCACAACAUCAAGCAUGGUUGCAAUCCAUUUCACAACGGGACAGUGAUGUUACACCCAUUGGUAAAACAAUUUGUGAGGCUUUAGAUGAAGAAGAUGAUGAAGAGGAUGAAGACGAUAAUGAUGAUGAUGAAGAAUCAGAAAGCCAUGAUGAAGAAGAGGAAGAUGAAAUCGAAAUGGAUGUUUCACAGGAACGAAAUUCACCAGAUGUGAUCAACGUUAGUGAUGUAUUCUAACUGAAAUUUAAAAUUUGGUAAUAUUUUUAUUUUAUUUGACUUUAAUAUUAAAUCUGAAAAAAUAGUGCAGAAAGUGUUAUUUUUUUUUAAAUAUGAGAUUGUAAUAAAUGUGUUCCAUUUUCA